UGGGUGGGACUUGGGAUUUCCAAGGCAAAGGUGAGAGCUGGAGAAGCAGAAACAGUAAAAUUUGACUCUUAGGUUUCCGGGCUGGGCAAUGACUGGCUAAGGGUGCCUUUUGCUGUUGGAGGAAAUUCUUACAGUGCCAGGUACAUAGUUAAGUAUGGGGUGAAGGCUAGUCAUGAAUAAUAGGAGUUCAGUUUUUAGAUGCUGAGCAGUAGGGAAUGGGAAAUAUGGGUCUGGAGACAACCAUUAGACGAUUCAGGGUAAUGUUUAUAGGUAUUUGGCAGAAAUCCAUGACCACAGAAGUCCCGUAGAUAUGAGUCUCCUCCUAUUGUGAAAUCUCAGGAACAGAAAACAUUACUAGGACCCAUAUUUACCCAUGUACUACUGAUGCCUUUCAGAGAAAAAAGCGUCAUCUGAAGGGAGGAGGUUAGGUGGUCUUUCUGUCUUCCCCAGAAUAUCUUUUGUUGGAGACAGUCCCAACAUGUAGUCCUGGCUACCCUUGAACUAACACCCUCUCCUUCUCUCUCUCCUCCUUUUCCCUCUUCUCCUUCUCCCUCUCCCCCCCUCUCUCCCUCCCUCUCCCUCACACACAAUCACUUAAAAUUAUUUUAUGUGUAUGGAUAUUUUGUUUGCAUGUAUGCAUUUUUCAUCAUACAUUCCUAGUUGAGGGUGUCAGUUCCCUGGGACUGGAGUUACACAUGGUUGUGAGCCCACAUGUGGGUGCUGGAAAUUGAACAUGAGUCCUCGGAAAGUGAUUAACUACUGAGCCAUCUUACUCUUAACUAUACUCUUAACUACUGAGCCGUUUCUCAAGCCCCUGGCUUUAAGCUCUUGCUCCUACUGCCUGAGCCUCCAGAGCCAUGAUAAUACUAGUUUUGAUAUUGCACUUUUGUUAUGUAAUCUCAAAAGAGACAAUGAUUUGUACAAAGUCAAUAGUUCAUAAUGAUCCACGUGUGCCUAGAACUGAUGUUUUCCUUAUAAGGAAUCAACGUCCAGGAUUUUUCUGCACUACCACAGGUUCUAACUUAUAUAGCACUUACUGUGUACAAUGCACAGAACCCGGCCAUUUAUUGGCUUUCAUUUCUACCACAUAGAAAUUAUUGCUGCUGGGUGGUGGUUUAAUCCCAGCACUCAGGAGACAGAGGCAAGAGGAUCUCUCUGAGUUGAAGCCAGCCUGGUCUACAGAGUGAGUUCCAGGACAGCCAGGGCUACACAGAGAAACCUUUUCUCGAAAAAACUAAAUAAAAAAAAAAAAGAAAGAAAGAAAAGUUAUCGCUAAUCUAUAGAGAAGUAGAAAUAGAGACUAGAUUGGGUGUGAACUGACUUGUUCCAAACACUCAGACAUUAAGGGCCAAGAUAGUAUUAGCGUUUUAGCUGCUCAAUAUCAAGGAGUUUGCCAACACCACUGGGUGACACUAGCUGCUGACAGUCUUGUUUCGUAAAUAUUCUCUUUUCCUGAGUAAACUUUUGUUUUGUUUUGUUUUGGUGGUAGGGGGGGUGAAAAGCCUGUACCGAGCCUGCGCAAUAGACAGACGCUAGAGGUGAACGUGAGGGUAAGAGGGCGGAGGUGACAGAGAAGGCGUGUUUUUCCGCCAAACACUAUCAGUACGGUGCACGUCUGUCUAUCGGUUGGCCCAUCUGAAGUGAUGGACAGCUUCGUGGAACUAAUCACCGCAAGAUUACGACUGUUGCCAGGGUGAAGUAGGACCCACCCUCUUGGGUUGGCGGAUGGGAGGAACAGGAAGUGACGCCAGAGGGGACGCUGUGCUCUGGGAAUGUUGAUGUUUUCCAGUGAGUGUAACUGAGUUCCAGAUGGAAUCCUUGGAGAGCCGAGUCUUACUGUAUAUAGUAAGACAGACCGCUCUGUUUAUGCACAGUGCCGACGCCUCUGAGCUCAAACCUCGGGGAAAGUAAAGCAUAGACUGGGAGCCGAAAGGAGAAGCUGGGAAGAAGGCUGCCGACUUUGAAAUUCGAGGCGGAGGACUUGAGAACGAGCGCUCAACCCGGAUUGGCCAGUGGGUGUCGUCAAGGCUUUACGCGCCUCUUCAAUUGGCUGGUGUCUGCAGUCGUCCCGGCGGGCGAGCCUUUUGCCCACGUACUUCCGUGCAGGGGGCGGGGCUGCGUCCUGUUGUGCAUGCGCACAACCAGGAAGCCCCACCCGGUAGUUGAGGAACCUGCGGAGGGGCGGGGCGAAGCGGUGCUUGUUUUGGUUGUGUUUCCUCUGAAGCCGAAUCCCGGAACCAGGUAGCAGAGAGCUCGGCCGGCCUUGGAGGGAGACAAGGCUGCGACCAAUCCGUCUCCGUACCGUCCCACUGGACUUCACAUCCGGGAUCUCCUCCUGGGCGUGACCCGCGUCCCGUCUGCGGUCCUCGAACCGGUGUCCUGAUCUCUUUAUCCAGGCCUUGCUGUUCCCGUCGUGCCUCGCGCACGACCGUAGCCCCCUCAUCCGGGUUCUCUCCCGGCGUUCUCCGCGUUUGCUUUGCUGUGGGGUACUUGGCGGUGCCGCCAUGACUAUUCUCCCCAAAAAGAAGCCGCCACCUCCCGACGCCGACCCGGCCAACGAACCGCCGCCGCCCGGGCCGCUGCCCCCGGCGCCUCGGCGCGGUGCGGGUGUAGGCGUGGGUGGCGGCGGCACGGGUGUGGGCGGAGGAGAGCGCGACCGUGACUCCGGCGUCGUGGGGGCCCGUCCCCGGGCUUCGCCGCCACCUCAGGGCCCGCUCCCGGGGCCGCCUGGUGCUCUUCAUCGUUGGGCACUGGCCGUGCCGCCUGGCGCAGUCGCGGGCCCUCGGCCACAGCAGGCUUCUCCACCUCCUUGUGGGGGCCCCGGUGGCCCCGGCGGCGGUCCUGGUGACGCUCUUGGUGCGACAACUGCGGGGGUGGGCGCGGCAGGGGUGGUGGUGGGCGUGGGUGGUACCGUGGGCGUGGGCGGCUGCUGCUCGGGGCCCGGGCACAGCAAGCGGCGGCGUCAAGCUCCCGGCGUUGGCGCAGUUGGCGGGGCCAGUCCGGAACGUGAAGAGGUCGGAGCGGGCUACAACAGUGAAGACGAGUAUGAAGCUGCCGCAGCGCGAAUCGAGGCCAUGGAUCCCGCCACUGUAGAACAGCAGGAACACUGGUUUGAAAAGGCCUUGCGGGACAAGAAAGGCUUCAUCAUCAAGCAGAUGAAGGAGGACGGUGCCUGUCUAUUUCGGGCUGUAGCUGACCAGGUGUAUGGAGACCAGGACAUGCAUGAGGUUGUUCGAAAGCAUUGCAUGGACUAUCUGAUGAAGAACGCUGAUUACUUCUCCAACUAUGUCACAGAAGACUUCACCACCUAUAUCAACCGGAAGCGGAAAAACAACUGCCAUGGCAACCACAUUGAAAUGCAGGCUAUGGCAGAGAUGUACAACCGUCCUGUGGAGGUGUAUCAAUAUAGCACAGAACCUAUCAACACAUUCCAUGGGAUCCAUCAAAAUGAAGAUGAACCCAUCCGUGUCAGCUACCACCGGAAUAUCCACUAUAAUUCAGUGGUGAAUCCUAACAAGGCCACUAUUGGUGUGGGGCUGGGCCUACCGUCAUUUAAGCCAGGGUUUGCAGAGCAGUCCCUGAUGAAGAAUGCCAUAAAGACAUCAGAAGAGUCAUGGAUUGAACAGCAAAUGCUGGAAGACAAGAAACGAGCUACAGACUGGGAGGCCACAAAUGAGGCCAUAGAGGAGCAGGUGGCUCGAGAAUCUUACCUUCAGUGGCUGAGGGAUCAAGAGAAACAGGCCCGCCAGGUCCGGGGACCCAGCCAGCCCCGGAAAGCCAGUGCCACAUGCAGUUCAGCCACAGCAGCAGCCUCCAGUGGCCUGGAGGAAUGGACUAGUCGGUCCCCACGGCAACGAAGUUCAGCCUCGUCACCUGAGCACCCUGAACUGCAUGCCGAGCUAGGCAUUAAGCCCCCUUCCCCAGGCACUGUGUUAGCUCUUGCCAAACCUCCUUCACCCUGUGCACCAGGUCUGAAUGAUUGGGACGAUGAUGAGAUCCUAGCAUCGGUGCUGGCAGUGUCCCAACAGGAAUACCUAGACAGUAUGAAGAAAAACAAAGUGCACAGAGAGCCACCCCCAGACAAGAGUUGAUGGACACCCAGGGACUGGACAUCAUUCCCGAUCCCCCACUCCUGCCCUUUGAUGCCACCCAAACUUCUUUGGCUUUCUUCCCUCUUGGCUUCCUUCUUUUGUUUCCUCUUUUCCUUUUUUUUUUCCACUUCCCUCUGGCCGGCCCACCCAUGCGCUCCAUCCAUCUCAUCCCUGCCACCACCAUUGGUCUCUGCCAGCUGAAGUGCCCUAUUGCCCCCGCACAGCACCAUCUCAGCAUUCCACAGGGGACUCUGGAAAGGGUGCGGAAGGUAGGCAAGAGGCCCACAGAGACAGACCAUCUGGCAGCCAGGCAGCCCCAGAAGAGAGACAUUCAGACAAAGGAAGUCUUCUGCUCACCCUUCCUUAAAGAUCAGAUAAACUUGUCAUCCCUUCCCAGCAAUGAUGACAGGAAAAUGGAAGUGGCAAGUUUUCCUUCUAGUAUCCGAAGAAUCUGAGCCUUCAAUGUUAAAAUUUUUCUUAAUUAAAAUGUGCUUUAUUUCACAAAAUCAACAAAUCAAAAAGAAUAUUCAUGGCAACGUUGGUCCUUUGAGGGUGGCAUCUCUGGUUUGGAGCUAGGCAGGCUGGCCAUGGGACAGAAAGGGCAGAAAAAAGAUGGAUUUCUGCUGUCUUUUGGCCCCUAGUUCCUUGGAAGGGCAAAGGCUAUGAGGUAGAGGGAGGUGACAGGCAUUGCAGGUGGCAGACUGACUUUGGACAGUGAGACCCUGACCUUGCUGCAUUGCUUUGCCUUCACCACCGCUAGUCUGUUUGGAAGGCUUGAGGUGGGGUGUCUUGGGAAAUUAGGGCCACUACCCAAGAUUUGAAUUUAGGGAGUGGGAGCAGCCUCAGCAGAUGGGGCACCCGUGCACUGCAGGUGUUGACAAGAUCCACCAUCUGUAAUGUCCUUGGCACAAUAAAACCAAAUGUCAGUUUCCCUGAGCAACUCUAUUCUGUGUGGGACACGGGUGGAUGGGCCUCUGGGAAGCACAGGAUUUGCUUUGACCAGAGGUCUGCUUGUUCUCCAGUAGGUGCUCUCUGUAAGCUGGGGUUCAUAUUUGAUCUUCUGUUUAUUAAAUUAACUUCUUGUCUUGAGACUGAUGGCAGAGAAUCUCUAGAGCCCAGGUGGGUUAAGACUAACCUAACCCACAUAACCAAGAUUGUUUCUUAAAAGAACAAAACCAACAACAACUCUACAACUGGUCGUGGUCAUGCCUUUGAUCCCAGCACUGAGGAGGGCAGAGGCAGAGGUGGAUCUUUUGAGUUGCAGGCCAGCUGGGCUAUACAGCAAGACGCUUUUAUUAAAAAUCAUAAACUUCAGAACCAAAUCGACUGAAACUGAAGUCCCUACUCCCACCUACCAUAUUUGCAUUAGGGAGCCUAGGGCUAAUUUAAAGGACUGUAUGAGCCAGAGGCCAAGACUGGUGUCUGAAUUUCUACUCUCAACCUUAAUGCUCAUUCAUUCUUGUGAUAAUCUGAUGAAAUAAGCAAUCACUAAUGAGUUCAGUGACCAGAGGUGGCCCUUGCCCAACUGGGUUUUAAACGUUGGAGGAUGAAAUGGCUAAAUCCUUUUUUUGUUGUUUGUUCCUCAGGUCUGUUGACACCUCUGUCCAUACCCCUGCUAGGGUUUGUAAAGCCCAGCUAGAGAAGGCUGGCUGGCCCUCAGGUUUCCUCAGAGCAGUCUUCUCCCACUCCCCAAUGCCUCAGUGAGGUCCUUUCAGAAGAAGGCUGUGUAGGGUGGCCCUACGGUGAGGGUAUGGCUUGCCCAGUGGGUGGCUACAGGAUAUCUGAAAUACGUGGUCAAGCAUGAGCACGCCAAGAGGGUUGAUUCAUUUCAAAUCUACCUGCCUUGUCUCACUGUGUGGCUUUGGGCUCUCUUUGACUUUAAAGUGUCCCAUCUGCAACUACAGGGGUCAUUAAUGUCUGCUACCUCAUGCUCUCUGAUUUGUGAGUAUUGACAGAGAAUGUGUAUGGUCAAUAAUGUACUACUGGGAACAGUACCUGGUACACUCUUAGAGCACAAAUGUUGGGGUUCUUACCAGACUUUAGGGGUGGGGGUAUUACCGUAUUUUGUAAGUUUGUACCAUUUGGCCUCAGCCUGACUCUUGCUACUCUUGGCUUUUACUUGCAAUUUGCCCUAACCCUAUCUUCAGCAAGACAAAGGGAUCACCUGAAAAAACCCUGUGUGAUCCCAUUGGCACUCUCCCUUCUGUCUACGACUAUUCCGAAGAACUGUACUAUAAAUAAACUUCUGGGCUGGGGCUGUGAUGCUUA